UGUGAGGAAACUCCGUUUCUGAGGCGGGUCUGCGCAGGCGGGAGGCGGCGGCCGGCGCCAUCUUGAAAUCUGAGCCACAAUCCCGGCGCCUCAGCCGGGGGAAGCCGGUCUUUGUGAGGGAGACCGGCCCGACCGGGGCCGGCGGGCCGGCGUGGGGAGGAUGCGGGAGAGCUGCCGCAUCUGCGGGCGGGAGCUGUGCGGCACCCAGCGGCGCUGGCUCUUCCACCCGGCGUCCAAGCUGAGCCUGCAGGUGCUGCUCUCGCACGUCCUGGGCCAGGAGGUGUCCCGCGACGGGCGGGCCGAGUUCGCCUGCAGCAAGUGCGCCUUCAUGCUGGAGCGCAUCUACCGCUACGACACGGUGGUGGCCCGCAUCGAGGCGCUGUCGCUGGAGCGGCUGCACAAGCUGCUGCUGGAGAAGGAGCGCCUCAAGGCCUGCCUGGCCGGCCUCUACCGCAAGCACAACGGCGAGGGCGGCGGCGAGGAAGAAGCAGCCGCCCGGGGCAGCCCGCCCGAGGCCAGCUACGCCGCCCUGCUCCAGGAAGACUUCGCCUACUCGGGCUUUGAGUGCUGGGCCGGCCCCGAGGAGCGCGGCGGCGGGGACGCCCAUGCUUGCCACCCGGCGGAAGGCGGCCGCCCCAGGCGGUGCCGUGGCUGCGCGGCGCUGCGGGUGGCCGACGCCGACUACGAGGCCAUUUGCAGGAUCCCCCGGAAAGUGGCCCGCAGCGUUUCUUGCGGGCCUGCCUCGGCCCGCUGGUCGCCCAGCCUCGCCCCCGAAGACAAGGCGCCUCUGGACGCGGACAGCCCCGGCGGGGAAGGGACGCCCGGCUCCUCCUCGGUGGAGUCUUUGGACCCGGCGCUGCUGCUGGCGGCGGCCGCUAGCCCUUCGCCGCAGAGGGACGAGGAGGCGGACUCCGAGCCCCGGCGGGGCGGCGGCAAGGGGGACUCCUGCUGCGGAAGCCGCUUGGACCUCGCCCUGAGCCUGGUCAGGACUUUCGACUGCAAGCCGGUGCGCAGCCCCCGGGGGAGCAGGCUGCCGGUCCCCGUCAGAUCGAGCCCCCUUGGCCAGGACGCCGCAGACCGAAGCGCCUUCUCCGCCUUGCUGAGGACGCCGGGGAAGCCCCAUGCCGCAUCUCCCUUCGCCUCCCCCUCGGAAAUGUCCGAGCUUCAGGAGCUGUGGGAAAGCCUUUGCGAGGAUUACAUGCCGCUUCGAGUGAAGAAUUCAUGGGAAGAGCAGCAACAACUCACUUGGUGUGAUUCUUCAGUGGGCAAGCAAGCGUCUGAAUUAAAUAAUGCUGAAUUGCUGGAAAAAAUCCACCACUUUGAUGCUAAUAAUAAGUUGCUGCAAGAGAAGUUGAAUGAGAUGGAUUUUGAAUUGAAGUCUGUGCAGCAAACAUCCCAGAGACAAGAUCACAAAAUCCAGAAUUUGAACGAAACUUUGAAAAGCAAAGAAACGGAGUCUGAAGAAUUGUACCGUGUAAUUGAAGGGCAGAACGAGACAAUAACCAAACUACAAGAUAUGCUACAUAGAAGCCAGCUUGGACAGUUACAGGUCUCGGAGAGUUCUUCCCCAUCGCAGCAGAAGCAGCAAAUGGCUGUCCUUGAAAUGCAGAACUCCCUUUUCCUCACUCAGUUGGAAGUGCAGCAGACAAAGAGAGCCGAGCAGCGAAAGGAUCGCCAGUUGGCCGAGGAGAGGAAAGUCAACCAGCUUCAACAGACGUGGCUGCAAGAGGAGCAGCAGCAGAAGGAAGCAGCGUGGAAGCACAAUUGGGAGUUGCGGGCUGCUCUUCAGCAAUUGCAAGCAGAACUGCAGAACGAGAACUGGCAGCUCUUGACUCUGGAGAGGGAGAAAUGCACAUCGACCAAGAGACAAGAGCAGAAAAUCAAGCAAUUGAACCACGCCCUGGCUUAUAAAGAACAGCUUGUGCAGGAGUUUAAAGAACUUCUCCAGUAUCAUCAGAAUUUGGACACAAGUCCUACAUCUGUGGCUGCUGAUAUGGUACAGAAAUUGCAACAGCGAGUCAGAGACAGAGAUGAUGCUCUGGAGCAAGCAGUAGAUGAAAAGUUCUCUUUGCUUGAAGAGAGAGAGCAAGAGCUGCAGCAGCUUCGUUGGUCUCUGAGAGAACGAGAGCGUGACCUGGAAGAUCUGCGCAGGGUCCUGUCCAGUAACGAGACCACCAUUCAGGGCCUGGAAAGUAUGCUGAAAGCCAAGGGUCUGGAACUGGAGCAGCUGUCAGCAGCCUCCCAGAGUUUCCAGUGGCUGAAAGAGGAAGUAGAAGAAAAAUCUCGAAGGUGGCAGGUGGAGCAAGAGGGGAUCAUCCAGCAGCUGCAGAUCACGCUGCGUGACAGGAACCAAGAAGUGGAAGCACUCUCAGCCGCUCUGCAGUGCAAACUGGGGCCUGGGCAAAGGGACAUUGUGGAGGAGCUGUGCUUCCGCCUUCAGCAGAAGGAGCAGAUCAUCCAGGAACUCCUGAAUGACAAGAACCAGCAGGCCGAAGAGCAGAAGGCCGAGAUCCAGAGCUUGCUUCAAGCCAUGAACGCCAAACAGCAGCAGAAUCAUUUAUCUUCUGAGAAGAUGGCGCAGGCCUUAAUAGAAAGAAGUUGUGAGUUGCAAGUCUUGCGUCAGCAACUGAUGGGCCAGAUCCCUGGACGCAGAGCUGAGGGAGCCCCUGCCCAGCUCCCACAGGAAGGACUGUCUACUGAAGCAUUGAUGCAAGGAAGGUCUGAUGAGAACAUCACUAUCACGACUCCUAAAAGAGAAAAGGACGCAGCGAAAGAAGGGAAAGGCCUGUCAGAGUCAACUGCCGGACUGGAGAAAGAGCUCUCUAAUGUGAAAGACGAGCUCGAGCUGUUGGCACGAAAGGAAAGAGAAAGCCGACUGGAAUUGUCUGCUCUUCAGUCUGUCGUGGUUUCCCAAGAGGAAGAGCUGCAGGUUCAAGCUUCUGAUGUCGAAUCCCUUACUAGGAACAUUCAGAUCAAGGAAGAACUUAUCAAGGACCUGCAGAUGCAGCUGGUUGAUCCUGAAGAGAUGCCAGCCAUGGAGAGGCUUACCCAGGAAGUUCUGAUGCUUCGGGAAAAAGUAGCCCAGGAGGAAUUGCAAGGACAAGAAGUCACAGGAAACAGGAAGCAGCUGCUGUUGCGACUGUUGGAGGAGCUGGCGGCCGAGAAGAAUCAGCUGAACGAAGCCCUGCAAACAGAAAAGCAGCUCUACAGCACUUUGGUCAAGUUCCACGCUCAUCCAGACAGCACAAGGCGGGAGCAGACCCUGCAGGUGGAGCUGGAGGGAGCCCAGGCACUCCACAAAAGGCUGGAAGAGGCUCUUGGAAGGACACUGGAGCGCUUGUUAAGGCUGGACUCGCUGGACACAAACGGAGUUCUAAAUGUGACUGAGGAUGCCGAAGACUCCAGCACCGAGUUUACAGACAGCAUUGAGGAAGAGGCAGCUGCACACAGAACAGCUCAGCAGCAGCAGAGCACGAAAAAAGAUGCUGCUGACAUCCUGGUGGGCCAUUCCAGCUGUUCUGCGCCAGUCUCUUCUGCACUGGAAAGGAGCCUGCAAGAGGAACUGCUCCGUGCAAGAUCUGAAACUCAGCAGGUUUUGGAACAGAAGAAGAAGCUGGAAGAAGAACUGCAGGAUCUCAAGAGGCAGAUUGAGGAUGCUGGAUUCUCCUCUGUGUCUCACUUCAGGAAGGCCCUGCUGAGCCUGUGUCUGGAGAACGCAGAGCUCAAGGAACAGAUUGGCGAAGCAACGUUGUCUGAGGGAUGGGAGAAUGAAGAUGAAAAAGAGGAUGAAAGGGACCCAAGGCCGGAAGUCAGGAAGCUGCAAGAGAAGCUGAACACUGCAGAGACGGUGAUCGGUCUCCCCAAGGAACCUCUGAUGCUGAACAGCCAAGGAGGCAAAGGCAUUGUCAAGCCCCAGGGCACUGUUAGCAUGGCUGAGAGGAAUAAACAGCUGCAGGUGGAAAGGGAGAUUCUCCCUAAGGGUGACCCACAGUGGCAUCACCUGCAGUCCCAAGGCAUGGACUCCGGUGCAGUCCAUAGCUCCACAGAAAUUCAGGACCACAGCCUUGCGAGAGGUUUUUGGAAGCAGUUUAUGGAACCAGCCCAGCAGCUCCGCUCAGAGUUGACUCAGUGCAGGCAACAGUGUCGUGACCUGCAAGAAAAACUUUUGAUCUCCGAGGCUGCUGUCCAGGCUCGGAUGGUGCAGCUGGAGCAGUACCAGGCCCUGCUCGCAGGUGAGCCUGGGGUACAGCAGGAUAACAAACAGAUACAAGUGGAUCUCCAGGAUCUGGGCUAUGAGACCUGUGGGAAAAGUGAAAAUGAAGCUGAUAGAGAAGAGGCCACAAGUCCCGAAUGCGAAGAGGACGAUAUAUUCAAUGAGAAUCCAGAGUCUUGGAAGAAGUUACUGGGCUCCCCUCCGAGCAAGCUGGUGAAGCAGGAUGUUUUCCUAGGAUGCAGCCACUACAGUAACGAUUCUGCCCUCUGCCAGCCCACCCAGAACCCCAAGACCCAGCCGCAGAGCUCUGGCAGAGCCAUCCAGAACCCACUGAGUAACGGGCGCUCCAUGUCCACCACCAGUGACUAUGCCUCUGGAGCCGAGCACCCACUAAAACUGAAGCAGGACUAUACCCUUGGGAGUUCCCCAUCCCACAGCAUGACGGACGAAGACGAAGGGUGGCAUUCUGACAGCUUAGGGUCCCUCUGUCCCCGAAGCCUUCAGUCCAGCAAAGACCUCGCCAGGCUUAUCCACAGAGUGUCCCUACUUGAGGCCCAAAUAGAUAACACCAAGCCCGAGGAGCUAAAGCACGCUGCAUCCAUAAGCCCCAGGAAAUAUGAUUCAUUGGUCCAAGCUCAGGCACGGGAGCUUUCCCAUCUGCGACAGGCAAUGCGAGAGGGACAAGGGGUGAGCCGUCUGCUGAGCCAACACUUCAGGGAUGUCAUCAAGUCCUUCGAGGAGCUCCUGAGAGGCACGGACAUCGAUUACUUCCUGGGUCAGAACUUCCGUGAGCAGCUGGCACAGGGGAACCAACUGGCAGGAUGCCUGGCCAGGAAACUGAGCAGUAGAAGUGGUCUAAACAUGGAGGACAAGUCUGAUCAUGAACUGCUUGCUCUGAGGUUGAGCAAGAAAGUUCAGGAGAAGGAGCAAAUCAUCCAAACCCUCCAGGCCAAGCUUCAAGGGCACUCAGUGACCUCUUCUAGUAGCCACACCAUAUCUGAGCCACCCAGUUCGGGCAGCAGUACUUCUUUCCUCUCUGAUGGGCCAGAGGGUUUCUCUGACAUGGAAGAUGUUGAUCUUGGGAGCCAUUCAGAGGAAGCUUCUGCUCCACCAUCCCAUUUGGUUCCUGCAGCUCCACCAGAAUCUAUUCAAAAGAACUUCUCUCUGUCUGCUUGCCUGCAUCCUUCACAAAUGCCAGGCCAAGUUUCUGGAGGCUUCCAUCCUGACUCCUUGUCCAAGCCAUCUAGCUACCCAUGGGCUUCCUUUGCCUCAGGUUCCGGUUCCGUCCAGCCUUUGGGGUAUCCACCGGCCACUGCUCCCCUCCUUGGCUGCUGUGGAACGCCGGGCUUCUCCUUGGCCAACGCACAGCAGGAGUUGCAGAUGCUGCAGAAGCAGCUGGAAGAAAGUGUAUCAUUCCCCACAAUGUCGCCAGCAAAACUGAAAUUGCCGACUAGCCUCUUUCCUACUGGCAGCCCUGCCUUCACCUCCAAGCACUGCCUACAGACCGACCACCACGUUCCUCAGUCGUUUCCCGUGCAGAACCCUGGCAACUGGCACUGGAAGGUUGGGGAGGCCCUGAGGGAAACCACGGACACCAGGAGUAUGACCCACUUCAGAGAGCCUCAGAAGGGACUUGUCAGUGGAAGUUUGCCAUCCUGCCCCUCAGCAUGCCUCACAGGCCCGAAGUCCUCAGAUGCCAGUUUGCGACAAGAACAUCUGGUUGAGAUUCAGCUCCUGGGCCAGCGCUUGGCAGAGUCCAUUUCCACCAAUAAUUGUCUGCGGGAGCAACUGGAGGCAAGCUUGAUCUCCAUGGCAAAGAGCAACGAGUGGAUGCACCUGCAGGAAGCUUUGUUGGCAUCACACUCCAAACUGCAGGAUGGAGAGGUGGAGCUGGAACAGCAACGGACUGAGCAGCAGCGGCUGCGGGAAGAGAUCCGGGGCAAGCAGCAAGACCUGGCACAGCUCCAGGAAGAAUGCCUGGUUCUGCAGAAGAACAAUUCAAGGCUUCAGCACAGAGUCAUGUCGCUUCAGCAACAGUGCGAAGAGAACCAGUUGCUCUUCCAGGCCCUGCAGGCCGAAUUACGUGUUUGUGAAGUGCCUUAUGGAUCCCUGCAGAGGCCAGAUUCAGAUAUGGCUUGCCACAGAGAUGACCGAUCCAAGGGUCCCCCUCCAAGUAUCGGUGGUGGCCUCCUGCUAGAGGUUAGGGCUUUGCGGAAUCAGCUGGUGCAUGCUGUCCAGGUGAACUGCGUCCUGCAGCAGAAGCUGGAGAAGCAGCAAUAUAGUCCAGGGGCCAGUACCAGUCUCCAAGGCCUUGGUACGUCCUCUUCUGCCUACAGAUGGCAGCACUCACAAGAUCCAACACUUUCACCACCAGUACGGGACGUUGGCAUGAACUCCUCCCCUUCUCUCUUCCCGCUCAUCCCUUUCUCUCCUUCAGUUCUCCAAGCCAAUCAUGAGGCACAAGGGAUACAUCCAGAGGAUGACUCGGCGCUGAGAAAUGAUACCCGCAAGCCAGGGACCCAUGCCAUGAGCCACAUUGAGAACUAUAACGCCCUCAAGCAACAGAUCCUGGAGGGCAAAAUUCUGAUUUGCAAGAUGGCAUCACUCAUGAAGUCUGGAUUAGAAACACAGGAUACCAGGGUCCUCCAUCCAGGAGGCAUCAGGCAGCUUCUUGCCAACACCAAUUCCUUGCACCAGAUCUUGGAGAAAGCGGCCUCCCUCCUGUCAUUGUUUUGGAUAGCGGUGCUUCCUGUGCCUCAAACGCAGCAGGCAGAGCAAUCCAUGAAAGAAGAAAUCCAGGUACUCCAAGCUAAGCUGGCUGAGAAAGAGAGCCGCCUGCAGCAUGCCAGCCACUAUAAGGACAGCAUAGAGAACUUCCUCCUAGCCCACUUGACCAGGACGCAUGCUGUACUGAAGAGAGCCAGGACUAACUUGGAGGGCAUGUCCGAGCCGGCUGUGUUCUCCCCAUUAUAUGAACAAGUCCUUGCAUGAGCAAGGAAGGAAAUGGAACCAUUCAAGUGGCCAGAGAUGGAAGGAGGAAGAAAACCAGCUGCUGCGUUCCUGCUUAUUUUCCCUCCACGUGCAGGGAUCAGAAAGAGACUGGCUCUUCAACACCCAGCAAGCUCCAGCUCUAUCAGUCCAGCAACCGAACCAUCUUCUUGCCUAUCAACACCUGCUGCCUUGGUGUGGACCAGCUACAGCACAGAACUUACGUGCCGUGAAUCCCAAAUACAGCCAAGGGACAACACAAAGCUGCAUUCUCCACAACUUUCACACAAGCAGCGGAGUGACUUGGCUGCUCAGCCAGGCCGGUGGGCCCCCUUUGCCCCCAUCAGUGCAAUAUUAGAAAUAGACGAUCAAGUAUAGCAUGUUAAUAGUAGGGUUACAAUUUGCCUAGGCCUAAUGAAAUGGGGCCUUAUCGUGGGUUCUUUGGACGUGUGAUUCUGGCAGGGGGAAGAGAGACAACAAGGCUUUGUUUGUUUCCUUGCCCCCAGCAGUAUUGGACUUUUCAGUUACUCAUUUUUGACUUCUGGAAUUUAAUUUAUUAAAAUAGUUAUACACGGCAAAAAAACACUUUUGCUUUUCCAAAAACACAACCACCCAGAGUUUGCUUACGAAUGAGGCAGCCUAAGCUUCUGCUGCUAGGCAGUUUCCAGAAGGCCCCCUUGCCCUCCGUAGGGUUAUUGUGUUUUAUUGUUUGGGGUAGGGGGGGACUGACACCUCGAAGGAAACAUCCGCUUGU